AUGUUAGAGGAAUCUAAACUAUAUAUUGUUACUGAUGAUACAAAUCAAUAUUUAAUACAUAAUAUACUUUUAAAAUUAGAUCCAACCAUAUCAUCUAGAGAUUUUCCAAUAUUAAUGUCUAUUGAUACAAAAUAUUAUAAAGCCAAUAUAAACGUAGAAAAUAUUCCUAUUGAUAAAUUUGAACCUGAAAAGGUCAAAGAGAUGGAUGCUCUAUUAAUUAUUGUCUCAAAAACUAUAUAUUUAUCUACAUUAUUAACCAAAUUAAAACUAUAUAAAGAUUAUGAUAUUACAAAACUUUGUUGUAUAACUUCAUUAAUAAAUCCCGAAAUAUCUUAUGAAAUAAAAUCACAAUGCAUAGAUUCAUCUAUUGAACUAAUCUUAAUUUCCUCAAAAGAUAGUAAUUGUCAAUAUGUAUAUAACUUAGAAAGUGGUAUAAAUAGAAUUGUUGAAUCUAUUACUUGUACUAUGUGGAGUAAUUUACAACUUAAGAAACAUAAUAUAAAUUCAGACAACUAUUUAGAAGAAGAUCCAGAAGAAGGAGAUUCAGAAGAAAUAUAUGAUCUUAGUCAAUUUGACUCUUUAAUGUAUAAAAUUACAGAUUUACGUUCAAAGUGUCAUAAUUUAAGUGAUGAUGAAAGGAGAAGGAAUGCAACAGAUAUUGUAUUAGAAUUAAUAAAACAAUUCAACAUAAACAAUAUAAAUGUUAAUUAG